AUGAAUAACUUUACAUCAAUAGGAAAAAAGAUUGUUGCGAUUGGUCGUAAUUUUAGUGAUCACGCAAAAGAACUUGGUAACACAGUACCCACAUCCCCUAUCUUUUUCCUUAAACCAACUUCUUCAUAUUUACUGCAAGGUGGUAGUGUGGAAGUACCGAAAGGUUCCGAAGUUCAUCAUGAAGUCGAAUUGGGCGUUGUCAUUGGAAAGAAUGGUCGUGAUAUUAUAGCUAAUGAGGCAUCUGACUAUAUUGCUGGCAAGUCUUAG